CACCAUGUUUAUUUAUACUAAAAUGAACGAUUGUUCAAGUUGGUAAUGUUGGUGUCAACUAUAUAUGUUUGUUUUGCCUGAGGUAAUAUUUUUGAAUCUCAACCGUCGAAUUAUCUAAAUUUUCCUUCAACAUGAGGUUUGCGGUGCUCUGAAAUUCCUUGGUGGAAAUGAAUGCAUCGUCUAAAACACAAUCAUGCUUGCUGCAGAACCGACGAGGCUUGUGAAAAGCUAUUUAUGUGGCGAUCUGGAAGAAAAACGAAUGAAAACAACUUACAUCUAAUCGAGGAUGUUCUUCCCUGAGGUGUAGGGCAAGGUGACUCUGCAACAGAUGGGGACCGCCUCUUGCCCCCUGCCCCCGGAGGCCGGCCUUGCAGACUACGCCUCUUCAUGCUGGGUUCAAACUCGUGCUGCAUUGACGGCACAGUAAAUACAGAUCCCGAGGAGUGACUCCCCUGGAAUUUUGACGUUCUUCGUUUUCCUUGCCAAGCAUACAAGCACGUGCAGCAUGUCGUCCACGGAGACCCGCACGUUCGAAAUGGCAAAAGAGGCCAUCUUGUCCAUGCGUAAUGACGGCACGCCGACGGACACGAUGCAGUACUACAAUCAAUGGGCCCAAAACUACGAGCAGGAUAUGGAACUUAUUGGGUUCCGUGCACCCAUUAUGGCAGCAGAACAUGUCUCUGCUCACUUCACCGGCGAGCGGCAAACAGCAGUGGUGUUGGACGUGGCCUGUGGCACGGGCUGGGUGGCCAAGAUGAUGAAGCGGGAGGGAUUCCAGCACUUUGUGGGCGUGGACUGCAGCGAGGGGAUGCUGCAGCGGGCCCGACACACCGGGCUGUACCGGGAGCUCAAGAUGGCCGUGCUAGGAGAACAGCCGCUUCCUGUCCCGUCAGGUGAAUAUGAAAUCGUGAUUAUCGCAGGUGCGCUGAGUUCAAGUCACCUUCCGGCGUAUGUGAUCCGGGAACUGUGCCGGGCCGCUAAGCAGGGAGGCCUCAUCUGCAUGACCGGCAAGUGUGACCGUGAGAACAUCAACUACAGGGCAUCCUUGGAGAGCGAGAUAAAGCAUAUGGAGGAUGCGGGACUUUGGCGCUGCGUCAACGUGACCUACGUGAAAGAGUGGCAGCUAGGGCUUACCGAGCACGAGAGGGGAUACAUCCCUGGAUGUGUGUAUCUAUUUCAAAAGCUCUAAAACACUCCGGUACACUGCACUGGUACAUUCUGGCUUGAACAGGACAGUACACUAAACUUACAUGGUACUUGUUUGAGGGCUGUGUCUCUUGAAGAAACCCUGACUAUGAUGAAGCACGUAAAUAAAUCUAAUUUCAGUGAAUUCAGGUUGUCCUGCAUUUGUGUAAAAUGGAGCAAUGUCUUCAUAAGUCUUCUUUUCAUGAUUUAUGUUCUUUCUGUAUAUUAAUGUGAAAUGUUCAUACAUAAUGUAGAUGAAUGUUGAUGAGUGGAAAAGUGCAAUGCUUGUUGC